GCGGAGUAACUCACUCGACUGCUGGCUGGGCUAGAGUUUGAGGCACACGUUUGUUCCUAAUCGGAAGACAUUUGAGGUGUCCAGAAGGGAACAAAUUCGAAAUAGACAGCGUUAGACACAUCAGCUAGGAUCUAAGAAGUCAUCUCAAAACCACAACGCAAGUUCAACCCCAGUUAUGUCUGCCUCUGAGGAAAAAAAAUUGUGGGGUGGCAGAUUUGUUGGAACAACUGACCCCAUCCUGGAAAAGCUCAAUGGUUCCAUCCCUUAUGACCAGCGUAUGUGGGCGGCUGACAUUGAAGGCAGCAGAGCCUAUGCAAAGGCACUGGCCAAAGCUGGGCUGCUCACUAAAGAAGAAAUGGAGCAGAUUAUACAUGGGAUGGAGAAGAUAUAUGAAGAAUGGUCCAAGGGGAAUUUCAAGAUCCAGGCAGCAGAUGAAGAUAUUCACACAGCCAAUGAGCGGCGACUGAAGGAGCUAAUAGGAGACACAGCUGGAAAGCUGCACACUGGACGCAGCCGAAAUGACCAGGUUGUGACCGACAUGAGGCUGUGGCUUCGAGAUGGCAUCACCACACUAUUCAGCCAUCUUCACCUGCUUGUUAGUACUAUGGUGGAGCGGGCAGCACUGGAGGUUGAUUUUCUGUUUCCUGGAUACACCCACAUGCAGAGAGCCCAGCCAAUCAGGUGGAGCCACUGGUUACUCAGCCACGUUGCUGCCCUGUGCCGAGAUGCAGAGAAACUUGAGGAAAUGAUGCCGCGUGUCAGUGUCCUGCCAUUGGGAAGUGGGGCCAUUGCUGGAAACCCUUUCAACAUUGAUCGUGAAUUCCUCCGUACAGAGCUCCAUUUUGAUGGUAUCAGCCUGAACAGUAUGGAUGCCACCAGUGAACGAGACUUUGUAGCUGAUUUCCUCUUCUGGGCAUCUCUCUGUGCCACCCAUCUCAGCAAGAUGGCAGAAGAUCUCAUCAUCUACAGCACCAAGGAAUUUUCUUUUGUGACAUUGUCAGAUGCAUACAGCACUGGAAGCAGUUUAAUGCCCCAGAAAAAGAACUCAGACAGCCUGGAGCUCAUCCGCAGUAAGGCUGGCCGCACCUUUGGCCGGUGCUCUGGAUUCCUCAUGACUCUGAAAGGCCUUCCAAGUGCUUACAAUAAAGAUCUGCAAGAGGAUAAAGAAGCCAUGUUUGACAGCUUUGAUACCAUGUGUGCAGUGCUGCAGGUGGCUACAGGAGUUAUUUCCACACUGAAGGUUAAUCCAUCUGCUAUGGAGGCAGCCCUGAGUCCUGACAUGCUGGCUACAGAUCUGGCCUAUUACCUUGUCCGCAAAGGCGUGCCGUUUCGGGAAGCCCAUGGUCUUUCUGGACAUGCUGUCCGCCUGUCUGAAACUAAAGGUGUUCCCCUCAAUCAGCUGUCUGUGGAAGACCUGCAAACAAUCAGCCCAGUGUUUGAAAACAGUGUAUCUCAAGUGUGGAACUACGUGAACAGUGUGGAGCAGUACACUGCAGCAGGCGGGACCGCUAAAAGCAGUGUGAUGGCUCAGGUUGAACAAGUCAGACAGUGGCUGCUGAAACAUAAUAUAAAGCCAAAGUUUAAUGUGAUUAGCCCAUUAUUAUGAGCUCUUUGAGGAUGGUCUCACUGAAGACUGGGGGGUGAUGGAUGGUUGUUAGGUCAAGAAGGAAAACAUGGCCCGCAACUCUGGAAGAUGAUCAGGGAACAGUAGAAGAGCAAAUGUGACUUCCAAAACAGUGCUAGUUUCAGUAACAGUUAACUUUCAGAGGCAUUUCCCGUGGCCAUAACAACAGGAAGGGGAUUCUUUCAAAAGUAUGACCGUGGAUCAUUCAUUGUUAAAAUAAACGUGCCAAUUUUCAGACUU